AUGGACGGUGACGGUUGUAUACUUCGUAGGCCCUGUGUUAGUCACACUUUUGCAGGAAAAUUAGCAAAGGAGUUCUACAGCUUUGAAAAAAUAGCCGAGAUAAAGGAGUUGGAUAGUUUCUGCGAUAGGAAUUUCUACAUUCGAGGGAAGCAGAAGGCGAAAACAGAACCACACUUAAUUAAAGCUGAUCAAUCACUUACGGUCUUGGACGACAGGGAAUACGUGCUUAAAAUAUUGAAUUCGGAUGACAGCAAACACGGAGAUUUAGUUGAUGCUGAAAAUGAAGCAAUGAGAUAUUUAAGAAGCAGAGAUUUCCCUUGUGCUUUAGUUUACCCGGUUACUGGGAGCUCAGGAACGAAAUUAUAUGCUCGAGUUCCAUUGCCACGUGAUCUAGAUGACGAAAAGACAGAGGAGUGUAUCGUUCGACUGGUUUCCUUCCUUCCUGGAGAAACAGCUGAAAGUAUGGGGAGGAUAAGCCAAGAAAACUUACUCUGCAUAGGCCAGUUUGUUGGGCGGUUAAGUAGGGCUUUUCAGGUAAAAUGCUGUGAUUAUUGUAGUCCUCACAACAGCUACGAUAUAUGCUAAUUACGCUCGAGGUAAUAGGGAUGACUUCAUUCUGCUGCAGCCGCCAGUUUAUAGGUAACCAGCAAUCAGGCGUUCUUUUUUCGGGGAUAGCGCCGAAAGUCGGUGGCAAAUUUGCGAAAAGGGAAGAAGGAUCACCUGACCUGGUCGCAGGUUAGUUCUUAGGCAAAUUUGCAACUUUUAAACACAGGGCUAGGUCCCGGUCUCUCUCCUCCGCAGAGGCCUAUUUGUGUCGUAGAGAGGCUGGGGAGAAGGAGAAAAAAAAACGCCCGGCGGCCCAUCGACCCCCACGCGCUUACUACGCUAUGGAGUGUUUUCGCAUGACGUCACGGCGGCCAUAUUGGUGUCCCAAAAUAAUGAAACGUCGGCCAUGUUGGUGUCCCAAACCAAUCCUGUGGGAGUUGAACUCUUCUCUUAUUCAAACGCUUUCUUUUGUUCCAAUAAAUUUGGCUAGAUGCUAGCCACGUGAGUGAAAACGCUCUAUUUUUAUUGGGAUACCCAGCAGAUCCUCUGCGGAGCCGGUAGACUGUUACUCGCAAGCAGUGCGAAUUUGAUUAUGCACCUCUCCCGACUUCUUUCGCCUUCACCCUCAUAUUACGGAGUUUAGCAUCGACGACGGCUAUGACAGCGAAAUCGUCACUUUUAAAAUGACUUAGCGUUUUUCAAACUUUAUCGCGUUAAUUCCAAUUCACUGAAAAUGUCUAAUGUAGGUAAAUUUCCCUAGAGUUGAUUUCUUGGGGACCCACUCAAGUUUAGAAAGAGAAACAAAAUUUCCCUGUCGCUUGUUUACGUCCCCCAUAGAACGUGAAAUUAGGCAUUUUCACGUCGUAUUCGUGGAGCAACGGCAAAGAAAUGUACUGAAAAAGCGUGAUGCACGUGUAAACUUGAUGUUUUGUUUAAUAAACCUAUUUGCUGUUUUGACGUUCUCGUAGCCGUUGCCGUCGUCGUUGUUAAAACUCCCAAUUAAAGAAAACAAUGUACUCAACUACAGUCAAACCUGUGUACAACUAGUCUCCCUCACAGCCGUUUUUUGGAUGUCACGCAACGCUCCCCCAAAAGAGCGGGAGGGGGAGGGUUGCGUGAGUGUUUGGGACAUGCCAAGGUGACCGUUAUGUACUUUGCAGAAAAUAUAAGGCAACUGAAAAUUUUGGGAAGUUGUCCGGUGACCGUAAUACACAGGGUGACCGCUAUAUACAGGUCAGCUUUGCAGAAAAGUAAGGCAACUGAAAAUUUUGGGAAGUUGUCCGGUGACCGUAAUAUACAGGGUGACCGCCAUAUACAGGUCAGCUUUGCACAAAAUAUAUAAGGCAACUGAAAAUUUUGGAAAGUUGUCCGGUGAUCGUAAUAUACAGGGCCGUUAUUUACAGGUUGGCUGUAUCUCAGAUAGACCGUUGUCAGGCUCGUCUACUCAAGACUGUUUUCAGCAAUGACUCUUAUUUCUUCUGUUUUAUUUACAGGGCUUUGAAUCUCCCGUGUUGACACAGAAGUUCGACAGGUGGAGCUUGGAGAAUUUUCUUUCUCUUGAGGAAUACAUCACCUUUGUCAACGACAGAGAGAUCCAAAGCAUUAUUCACAGAGUAAUGGGAAUUUUUAAAACUCAAGUGAUUCCAAAGCUUUCACAUCUUCGUCGUGGAAUAAUACACAACGAUGUCACUACGGCAAAUCUUCUUGUCGACACGACCCAAGGUAGUCUUAAAAUCUCAGGGCUGAUUGAUUUUGGUGACAUACGCCAUUCGUGUGUGGUGUUUGAGUUNUGUCGCUUGUUUACGUCCCCCAUAGAACGUGAAAUUAGGCAUUUUCACGUCGUAUUCGUGGAGCAACGGCAAAGAAAUGUACUGAAAAAGCGUGAUGCACGUGUAAACUUGAUGUUUUGUUUAAUAAACCUAUUUGCUGUUUUGACGUUCUCGUAGCCGUUGCCGUCGUCGUUGUUAAAACUCCCAAUUAAAGAAAACAAUGUACUCAACUACAGUCAAACCUGUGUACAACUAGUCUCCCUCACAGCCGUUUUUUGGAUGUCACGCAACGCUCCCCCAAAAGAGCGGGAGGGGGAGGGUUGCGUGAGUGUUUGGGACAUGCCAAGGUGACCGUUAUGUACUUUGCAGAAAAUAUAAGGCAACUGAAAAUUUUGGGAAGUUGUCCGGUGACCGUAAUACACAGGGUGACCGCUAUAUACAGGUCAGCUUUGCAGAAAAGUAAGGCAACUGAAAAUUUUGGGAAGUUGUCCGGUGACCGUAAUAUACAGGGUGACCGCCAUAUACAGGUCAGCUUUGCACAAAAUAUAUAAGGCAACUGAAAAUUUUGGAAAGUUGUCCGGUGAUCGUAAUAUACAGGGCCGUUAUUUACAGGUUGGCUGUAUCUCAGAUAGACCGUUGUCAGGCUCGUCUACUCAAGACUGUUUUCAGCAAUGACUCUUAUUUCUUCUGUUUUAUUUACAGGGCUUUGAAUCUCCCGUGUUGACACAGAAGUUCGACAGGUGGAGCUUGGAGAAUUUUCUUUCUCUUGAGGAAUACAUCACCUUUGUCAACGACAGAGAGAUCCAAAGCAUUAUUCACAGAGUAAUGGGAAUUUUUAAAACUCAAGUGAUUCCAAAGCUUUCACAUCUUCGUCGUGGAAUAAUACACAACGAUGUCACUACGGCAAAUCUUCUUGUCGACACGACCCAAGGUAGUCUUAAAAUCUCAGGGCUGAUUGAUUUUGGUGACAUACGCCAUUCGUGUGUGGUGUUUGAGUUAGCGAACGCCUUAGCAUCAUUCAUUAACGAAGACCAGAUGUUAGUGGACAGUGGUUAUCUUGUGGCUGGUUACCAGGCUGCUUGUCCCAUUCCCGGUCUGGAGUUCGAUCUCUUGUACGAUGUGGUUUUGGCCCGUUUGUGUCAAGUUGUUAUCAUCACUAAUAAAGAACAAAUGAAACAUCCAGACAACAGAUACCUUAAUCAUACUUUAGAAAAAUACUCUGCUAAUCUCACAGCUUGGUUUAAGAAUUCUAAGGAAGAAGUCUUGAAAUGUUGGAGGAAAAUUGGGCUAAAAUAUUUGCUGGCCUCCAGUAGGAAUCAUAGGGAUUAA